CAAAGCGGCUAGUAGGUAGGGAAGGUUGGUGAGGCCGCGCGGCAGUUCGACUAGGAGGUGACGGCCAUGGUUUAAACACCAAGAAAACGCAGCUGGAGCCUGGAAGCGCGCGGCUGGUUGUGUUGCAGAGCCUUGCGGUUGCAGGCCAAGAAAGGGGAGAGGAAAAGCGGCGUCGCCGCGCGCUCCCUUUCCUCCAACCGCGAGAUGCUGCCGCGCUCCCACUCGCACACGGCGCGGCGGCGCUCCGGCCUCGGCCCGCAGCUCUGCGCCGUCGCCGCGGCGCUCCUCCUGCUCCUCUCACUCGCCGUCCUACACUCCCGCCUCUCCUCCUCCUCGCCCUUCCCCCUCUCUUCCUCCUCCCGCUCCUCCACCUCCGACUCCGCCGCCACCAACUCCACCGCUCUCCUCGCGGACGACGACGUGGACGCCGUGGCCGCCGCGCUCGACCCCGACCUCACCCUCACCACCACAGCCGCCACCGAGGGGGCCGCUGCCACCAACCCCGACGACGACCGCAUCGACGAGCUGGACGUGCUCGACGAGGACGACUCCUCCGCCGCAGCCACCGACGCAGCGGAGGACGUCUCCGCCUCGGCGACCGCCGGGUCCCUCCUCUGGGACCACGCCGCCGGCGUCGCCCGCCAGCCCUUCCGCCUCCCCGCCGCCGGCGACCCCCUGCCCGUAGGGCUACCCCACUCGGAUUUGAUCGCCGCCGCCGCGGCCUUCGGAUCCGACGACGAGCCCGUGGAUCUGGACCUGCGGGUGGAGAUCUCGUCCAUCAGCGGCGUUGAAGACGCGCUGCUCCUCAAGCCCGCCUCCGGCCGCAGCGAGACGCCGCUCCGCUCCGGUUGGGCGCGGUGGCUCGAGGGGAAGGCCGACUACCUCCGGCGCGACCGGAUGCUCCGCUCCAACUUGGAGCUCCUCAAUCCUCGCAACCACCCCUUGCUCCAGGACCCGGACAGUCCCGGCCUCACCUCACUCACCCGGGGCGACCGCAUGGUGCAGCGGAUGCUACACGCAGAGAUUGAGAAGGACUCCUCCGUGAAUUUCGGGCGCCGGAGCCUCCAGUCGUCCGACAAUGAGCAUGGAACAGGAGCCACUGUGAAGGAGGAGCCAUCAGAGGGUAGGAGGUGGGGAUACUUUCCAGGAGUUGAUCCACAUUUGGGGUUCUCGGACUUCAUGGACAAGUUCUUUGAAUUCGGGAAGUGCUCCAUGAGGGUAUUCAUGGUGUGGAACAGCCCGCAGUGGGCAUACGGUGUUCGUCACCAGCGUGGGCUCGAGAGCCUGCUCCUGCAGCACCCUGACGCAUGCGUGGUUGUGCUAUCCGAGACACUGGAGCUGGAGGCCUUCCAGGAGUUUGUGAAGGAAGGAUACAAAGUUGCAGUUGCAGUGCCAAAUCUUGAUGAACUUUUGGAGGGCACACCAACCCACAUUUUUGCAUCUGUGUGGUAUGAAUGGCGAAAAACAAUAAAUUACCCCUUGCAUUACAGUGAGCUAGUACGCCUCGCUGCCCUUUACAGAUAUGGUGGUAUAUACCUCGACUCUGAUGUUGUUGUACUCAAGCCUUUGAAAUCUUUCCGGAAUUCGGUUGGUUCUGUAAAACAAGUUUCCAAAGAUUCCACUUUCAGUGGUGCUGUAUUAGUAUUUGAAAAAAAGAGUCCAUUCUUGGCGGAGUGCCUGAAGGAAUGGUAUUCAACAUAUGAUGAUACUCUGAUGCAGUGGAACGGCGCUGAGCUUAUGACGAGAGUAAUAAGAAAUUCAUCUGACAAUGGUCAAAAUAGGGAGCAUCUUGAGAUAGGGUUGGAACCCUCAUUUACAUUUUAUCCUAUAAGUUCUACAGAUAUUAUGAGCUACUUCUCAAAACCAGACAACGAUGCUGAAAGAGCAGAACAUGAUGCUCUAUUUUCCAGGAUAGUGAAUGACUCAACCACUUUCCACCUCUGGAACAGCAUUACAUCUUCUCUGGUUCCUGAAUCUAACAGUCUUGUUGAGAGAAUCCUUAACCAUUACUGUCUCCAUUGCAUUGAUGUUCUAUAGUUGAUAGCUACCUGAAGUUCCCACGACGAGCUUCAUUUUUGUGUAGAUUACAUAUACAGAAGAAAUUCACCAGUUCAAUGGGUGAAAAAAGGUCCAGUAUUAUAUUGUUGGAAUUGCCUUAAAAAUUGAAACGAGGAAAAAUAUAUGGUGACAUUGUAGAUAUACAUUCUAGUCAACAGGCUUACGGUGGCGGUGCUAUAAGCAUCUGCAAGUGUGUUGACACGCCUGUUAUUCUUUUGUCAGUGUUGAUGGUAAAUCUGCUUACUGCAAUAUUGAAUGCAGCAACUUAGGCAUUUAGCACAUCA